AUGCCCAUCCACUACAACCCCGAAACACAAGAGCCGUACCUGCGCCUCCCGGCGCCCCUCAGCCACAUCAUCCUCACCCCGCACCGACUGCACCAACUUGAAGAGACCAUCGCCGCCAAGGUCUCGCUUUUAAACGACCCGCGCAUCUACCUCAACCUGACGGGUCCGCCGUACCCCUAUCUCCGCGAGCAUGAGGAAGAAUGGGUGAAAUCCAAAUGUGCGGCCGCUGAGCCCGUCCUCCAGGCUUUGCGCACCGAAUUCAAAACCUCGGUUCAGCAGCAACAGUACUUUGACCUGUGUCCCUUCACGGUCAUUCGGGAAGUCAUAGAAGAGGACCCUGAGACGGGCCACCCCAAGAAGGAUGUCCUGAUCGGGGAUAUUGGGGUUGCGCGGUACAUGUUCUAUGAGUAUCGUCAUGACAGCGCAGAGCGAGCGGAGGCGCAGCGUCGGAAUAAUGAGCUACUACCCGGGAACGAGGGGAUUGCGUGGGGUAUUGGCUGUAAGUACACCCGCUCAUCACCAUGCAAUUGGUCUUUUUACUUCCUGGCCCCAUCCCAUCACGGCAAAGGAAUCAUGACGUCGGCCCUGCGGACGCUGGUCCAGGACUGGGGAGUCCCGCGGAUGAAUAUCAAGCGCCUCAUGGCUUCGGCCUUUGUCGAGAACGUUGGGAGCGUCCGCGUCUUCGAGAAGAAUGAUUUCGAGGUCCUCUGCACAUUGGAGGAUUGGGAGCCUUACCCGGAGAAUAGGGGUGGUGGGUGGAAGUCCCUCACCGUUGUCAAGUGGCGGGGUCUCUGA